AUAUCGCCCUCGACGAUUUGCAACCCUCGCGCGAGUCGAAAACAUCUGCAUUCGUCAAUUAUACAAAACAAAUAGUCUAAUACCACGUAUAAUACGCUUGUAGUUGUAGUGUGUAGUUGCUUUUAAUGAUAAUCAAGUGAAAAACGUAGAAGAAUGUUGGAGGGCGCUGUGGCGAGGAUCCUUAAUCAACUCCUGGGGAAAUAUGUCGUCGAUUUGGACACGGAGAACCUCAACGUGGGCAUAUUCAGCGGACUUGUUCAGCUUACUGAUUUAAAAUUAAAAACUGAAGCUUUGUAUGAAUUAAGACUGCCUAUACAAGUCCGUGCUGGUACAAUUGGAAAGAUCUCAUUGCAAAUACCAUGGUCAUCACUCUGGAACCAACCAAUUGUGGUAACCGUAGAGGAUAUUCAUGUUCUGUGCAUGGCGAUUGUAGGAGAGCGAUUUGAUGCAGAACAAAACAAAAGACUGCUUAGAGGUUUUAAGAAGCAGACGCUGGAGGCCAUCGCCAAUGCGUUUUCGGUUAUUGGUGGACCCGGGCUUUUCUCCGAGCAUUUACUAACGAAUAUUGUUAAUAACAUUCAGUUAUCCGUUGGGAAUAUUCAUGUGAGGUAUGAAUGUCAGCUGGGGGAUGUUCCAAUGGCGGUUGGGUUGUGUAUUGGUGGGAUUACAGCUGAGAAUACUAACAACAAGUGGAAAGCAUGUCCAACUGGAUAUAAAUCCAGUGAUAAUCUUUGUUAUCACUUAGUGAAGGUGGAAGCGUUGUGUAUUUAUUGUAACAGUGAGGAGAAACUCCCACAGUGGGAUUUUUCUUGUAACAAUGGGUACUACGCAUGGAAAAACUCCAUGGCGAAUAGUUUACAGAACUAUUCGAUUGAAAACGAUUUCAAUUUCUUUGUACGACCUAUGAGCAUAAAACUAAAAAUGACAAUAACCAAAGAUCACGGCCAAGUAAAGAAAAUAUCAUCCGAUUGCAUCGUGCAUGACCUAAACGUCCAUUUGGACAAAAAACAGUUUGAAACACUCGUAUCUCUUUAUGAUUCACUGCAGAGAGCUUACAUCGCAUGGGAUUUCAUUGCAUUCCGACCGGAAACACAACUUAAAAACAAAAAUAAACAGAUUUCAAAGAAAACAAACGCCGAAACAGAUUGCACUGCAAAAUCAUGGUGGCAUUAUGCUUAUAAAGCAGUUCUCAUGCAAAGAGUUCAUCCUUACACUUGGUCCCAGAUUAAACAAACCCGUCACCAUGCAAAAUACUAUAGUCAACUUUAUCAACAGCAUAUUUUGAACCCCAAUGAUACGGAGUUAAAACUUGAUCUUCAACAGUAUGAAGAUAAACUUAAUGUUACCAAUAUAAUCAUCGCUAGGCAAGAAGCUAGGUUAAGAGUAAAAACACAAUCGAUUCAAGAGAAAUCUUUCUGGGAUGUAUUACCAUCGCCUGAGAAGCAACUCUUGUGUGAACGUAUUGGUUUCAUGGAGUUUAUGGAGACUUCCUUCACGAAUUCAAGUUUAAACAUUGAAUAUGAGUAUAAUUUCCGUGUGGGUAACACUUGUGUUGCGUUGACGAAUGCUAAAGACCGGGAAAUAUUGGUUUUGACUCUCACGCAGAUAAUUGGCAGUUACAGACCGAAUUUUGGUGAUCAAAGAGAUCGUAUUGAAAAAGCGGAAAGAGUUGAGAAAGGAGAAAAAGAAGUGAUUGCUAAUGUAAAGCGUAAAAAUAGAAAACGUGAUAAAGGCGCGUUGAAAAUUGAAGGGAUUAUUAUCGAAGGUGCUAAUGAAAAGGAGCAUUUAGUGCCAAUUAUCUCUUCGAAUCAUGAAGGACAUGAUAGUCCUGCGUAUUUCUUAAGAGUUGACUUUGAGCGGUAUCCGGACAGUGGUAAAGUUAAUUUUGUACUGGAACAAUUGGAAUGUGCCUAUGAUAAGUAUGCGUACGAACAAAUAGUUAAUUAUUUCGACAAGGAUUACGUUUCCUGGUCGAAUUGCAAGCCACAUUUGGCGAAAUAUCCGCAAAUUAUGAUGGAAAUUAUGGAGGAACACUUGUUGAACAACUGGGACUUUAAUAUCGUGCUAAACUUUCCGUAUUUUGUUAUACCGGAGAAAGGACAACCGUUGAACAGUAAUCUAUCACCCAUCUUAAUAAUCGAUCUUGGACAAUUAAAAUUGAGCACAGAAUUGUGUCGACCAUCAUUAAUAGCUGAUAACGCCACCCAAAUGGAGCUCGAAGAGCAAAUGUACUCAAAAUACCACGUAGAACUAAAAGGACAACAAAUUCUCCUUGCUCUGCAUGAAAAAGACAACUGGAAAGCAGCGAAACGCGAACGCGACACAGAACUUCACCUUCUCCCAAAAAUGAAAAGCACCCUUGAUUACUGCUCAUGCAUCAAGAAGAUAAAAACAAUUGCUGAACACAAAAUAAACUGGAACAUUCAAAGUUUCAAAGUGAAUCUAUCCGAGAAAAAGAUCUUGAAUCUCUUGGCUUUCAUCAAAGGUUUUGAACAAUUAAACAAAACCAAUGAAACAACCAUUAAAACAACUCAAACAACACUAAAAGAUAACAUAAUAAACAAAUUAAAGCUGGAUAUGUACAGGGGAAGCCUUCCGAUUAAAUAUUUGAAGCAAAUUCAAAAUGGCGUCACUAUUAACGACGGAUUACGCAAACGCAAAGAACGCCUACGCAAACAACCAUCGAUUAUUGAUAAAAAGAUAGAACACCACGCAAAAAAUACAAAUGUAAAUGAAGCAUGGGCAAGAUGUGUUGAUUUACCAGGCUUAGAAGACAACAUCUCACCUAGCAACACCAUCAAGGUCAUUUGGAGACUUGUCCUGAACGAACUACAAAUCUCCUAUUCACGGUCAUCAGAUACAACGGACACGCCAUAUUUAAAUCUGCGUUUUGGGUUAAUUACAAUCGAUUUAGCUCUGAUGACCUUUGGUCCCGCAUAUCAAUUCCUGGGGAAUAUCAUCCUUACUGAUAAGAUGCACACAACCCCAAGUGGGCAAUACUUGGAUUUACUUCAUAGUCCUUUCCCUAGUACCGUGGAUGUGUUUUCUGUACUCUAUAGAAAGGUGGGAGCUAAUUGUCCUGACUAUUGGUCACAUUUCCAUGGUGUAGAAACGUCCCUGGUUGCUGAUUUUGGUACUUUACACAUAAUGCUUCACCAGGAAGCUGUUAGGACCUUAAUACAAUACUGGAAGUAUAUCAAAGACAAAAUAAUCGGAAGUUGUAAUGAAACAACCACAAAUAUCGUUGGAAACAUGAAGAAAAUACUUUUUGGAGGUUAUGAGAAGUAUUUCAAGACCAAGGUACCUGUACCAAGUGGUAGCAUCAAGUUUUCUCAUUCUGGGAGGCUAGGGGACUUGAAUCUACGUAUCCUAGACUCUGAUUUUGACAUUCUGAAUAUCCAUCUUCAAGGGCUAGAAGCAGAUUUCUUGUUCCGAGCAAACGAAAGAUUCGUCUUCAGGUCCUUUCUGAGUUCUAUUGAUGUAGAACACUUAAGUGAUGUUACUUUAUACAAAAAAGUCCUCUAUGCUGAUGAAGACAAAGUCUUUGAACUGAAAUACGUCAGAUUCUCAGAUGUAUCAGAAAGUGAAGCAUCCAGCUUCAAAUUUACUCUUGGACAACUCCAUAUUACUUUUCUGUAUAAAUUGAUUGUUCAACUACAUAGAUUUCUACUGAAUCUGGGAAUAGGUCACUAUUGUCAGAAAGCCAUUGAAAAACUGGAUACAUCCAUGGAGAAAGCAACAGAAUCCCUGAAAACCAACGUCAAGAUCAAUUUGAGUGUCAACAUCAAAGGUCCUGUAUUCCUAAUUCCACAGAAAUCAUCAUCUCCGAAUGUUUUGAUUGUGGACACAGGCAACUUUACAAUCGAAAACUUCUUCAAGGACACUCAACAUGACACUAUUGAGAAUAUCCUCAUCAAAUUAAAAGAGAUUAUUGUAUCUAGAGGAGUUGUUUUGAUGAAUGCAACUCUGGGAAGUCAAGAGACAAUUGUAGAACCUAUGCAGAUUCAUCUAGAUGUCAAAAGAAUCAUCCCCAAGUCAAAGAGUAUCAAAACAAUGACCUGGGAAGUUGAUGGAUUACUGGAUACCAUCAAUGUUACACUUGGUCAGAAAGACGUUACCAUGUUACUGGCUAUCCUAUCGGAUAACAUGACAGAAUCUUCAUCUCAGUAUAACCUCACUAAAGAUCUAUUACUAAGUCAUCAGAAUUCUGUAAAUGAUGAUGACGAAUCUGCAACAAUGAGGAAUCUGGAGGUGUUUUUCGCAGAACCCAAACAAACCUUGAAUUGUAAAAUAUCCUGUGAGGGUAUCAAUGUUUUACUGUUUUUUGACAGUGGGGAACUGCUGAGUUCUCCAAUGAGGGACCUCAAUCAUGGUUUAGCGAAAUUACAGAUUAACGAGUUGGCAUCUUGCUGUGUCCUGUAUACAGAUGGUUCUAUGGAUGGUAAACUAGCUGUGGAUACUGUUAUCAUUGAAGAAAUAGGUCCUGAAAGCCUUGUAACUGGUGAUAACAGAAUUCUACAUUCCCCGUAUGACGAAAACAAGAAUAACAACUGUAUGAUUACUGUGAAUAAACCGCCAGUGAUUGAUAUCACUUUCCAUCGUAACAGGACACUUGAUAAGAGUAUAGAUAUCAUUGUUGGGAGGUUAUCCCUGACGUUAUCAGUACCAUUCGUUGAGAAACUCGCUUUGUUCAUCAUAGAAUGCCUGCCAAAAGAAGGAGAAGUUUAUGGAGUGGUUAAUUUAGGUUAUGUUGAUAUGGACCAACAAAUCAGACAAGAUUUAGACGAUAUUCUUCCUUGUAAGAAACCCGCAAGGAAGAGCCUCACCAUUGCAUUGAGGGUUAAUAAACCUGAGUUUAUUUUCUUGGUGGAAGGAGCCGCGGGGAAACGAAGAGCUUUUGUUACAAAAUCUGAGAUUUUAUCGGAUUAUUCAAGGCAUGCACAGAGGGAGAAUUUUGUGUUGUCGUUAUCUGGGUUGCAUACAUUAUACUCAUCACAGGAUGGACAUGAUUUAUAUACGAUUCUGAAACAGUGUGAUGUAGAAUUAUCCAAGGCUUUGACCCCUGAGAAAGGGGAGAAGUUAUCUUUGAGUGUCUCAUCACUUUAUCUUCAGUUUUCGAAUAAAGUGGUUUAUGCAAUUAACGAUGUCCUGAAUGACAUUGUGGAACACUUUAAGGUUCCAGAGAUGCCUGAAUCAACUGGGGCGAAACCAGAAACAAAUUUAGAAGAUUUAUGGGAACCUAAGAAAGUUGUUUUGAAUUAUCCCACGUCAGAUGACCUGCAUGAUACCCAAAUGGGUAACUUUUUCUUUGCGCAAAAGAGAAGGUGUUCCCAAAUUCAUAAUCAUCAAGUAUUCCUACUUCCGAAAACUGAAUUGAUUGUUCUCUUUGAGUUGGAGACUUUACCAGUGCUGGUUUUUAAAUCCACCUUGGAGGUUACCAUCAGUGAUUGGUCCUUUUUGUUGAAUGCAAAUUGUGACUUCACUUUGCAAGCGAAUUAUUUCAAUGCUGGUAAACAAAAAUGGGAGCCGUUUAUUGAUCCAAUUGUUUUGGAAGAGAGGGUUUAUAAACCUUUUGAGGUUAAUGUGAAGGUAUUCCAAGAUAAGGCACAGGAGAUUGCUCAGUGUAAAGGCAUCAAACCCCAGAUGAGCAAAAACGGAAGGCCUAGUAUCACCAAAGGAGGUAGACCUAAACGUGGUAGUGAUGAUUCUAAGAGUACCGAUGAAGAAGAAGAUGAAAGUGGGGAUGAUAUGGUAUACCUGGAACCUACGAAUUCUUUCCAUGGGAGGAAUAGUCGAAGGGUCAAAACAAGUCUUUCUACAUUCCUUGAUGAUAGUGACUCAGAAAAUGAUGAUGGGAGCAUGGAGAAACUAGCUGCAGCGAUCUCAGAUUUAUUUACAGGGGAUUGGAAUGAAAGUGAUGGUAGCGAAGUAGAAAACUCCACAGACUCAGACCCUGAUGAACCAGAUGCAGAAGACCUGAAGGAACCUUUUGAACCUUCAAAUAUCAACAUGUCAAAACCUUUCAGGAAGUCCUUAUACCUUCUAAUUGAUUGUAAAGACACUUUUAACCUCACAAUCACCCCAGCUUUGAUCAAAACACUCACAGAUUUGGUCACUUUGUAUUCUAACAAAACACUAUCAAUAGCACCUUCAGAUAACUCACAAUCCAUUAAUCUGAUUAAUGACAUCGGUCCCAAAUCAAAAGUGGAGAUAUUCGAGAAAGAACACUUGGGUACACCUGCUUCCAGGAUCAGCGAAAGCGAUUGUAGAUUAUUAAUCAGUAAAACUUACGAAAAAGAAGAUUCCUGUCCGAAUUCACCUACAAAAGAAGGUUUAAACUCCUUAAUCAGUGAUAUUGAUGGAGAAAAUGAAGAUGAUUACGAAACCAAACACCUGGGUCUCACAGAUGAAGAACUCAACUAUGACUUUGAUACUGUAAACAGUCUAGACUUCAAUAUUGAAAGUACAACUGAAUUGUAUGAGAAAAUCAACAGAUAUCAAAUGAAAAUCUACAUCCCACACUUUUAUGGUCUUCAGACAUCUUGCCCAAGGAAAGAUGCACAGAAAUUACUACGUUUACACCCAUGUCAGGUAUCUACAACCAUUUAUUACCUGGCAUUUAGAAGUGCUAUCAACAAACAUGGAAUGUCCAUCAUGUUGAGUUCUCCUUUAUCUAUCCGGAAUGAAACCUGUUUUGCUUUGUCAAUUCUGUAUCAACCUUCGGUUCUACAACAACUUAACCUAGAACCUGUGGGAGAUGUGACAAACCCUUUUGAGACAACAAUGAGAAUCGCUGUUUUGGAACCUCAUGAAACCUACAACGUCCCUAUUCAUAUCGCUUAUCAUUGUAAGUUGUUUGUACAACCCGCAUAUGCUGAAGGUCAAUAUGUACCAUCACAGAAAGGUAUCUGGUGGAAGGAUUUGGCUACAGAUUUAGAUUCUGGGAAGUUAUUCACCUGUCAAGCGAAGAAUACAGAAGAUGUUUUUGCUUUACGAGGUCUUAGAAAAAACCUGGAGGUGGAAACUUUGAAGCAUACAGUACCAAAUUACAUCAUCAGGUUGUUACCUGCAAUGGUCAUCAGGAACUUUUUACCUUAUGCUAUCACUGUGGAUGUUAUAAAUCCCCAGGGUCAAGAGAUAAGCUCAACUUCAGAAAAAUUGGUUCUGAAUUCUGUAAAAAUUGAACCAGGCGAAAAGAAUUCCUACUAUAACCUAGACACUGAUAAAGAUAACAGGAUAACUUUCAGGUUACAGACCUUCCAACAUAAUUACACUGGGCAUUUAACCCUGACACCUCACAUGGAUGAAAAAGUAAUCGCUCUGGUGACAGACUCAGAAAAAUCAGAUUUGAAUAAUCUCCCAUUAAAUAUCAAAGCAGAACGUGAAGAUUACUACGAAUUAUUAUUAUUCACAUCUUAUUGGAUUAUAAAUAAGACUCAGUUGUCUGUACAACUCAAAGCGACAUCUACCAAUACAAUAUACAGAAGUAAUCCAUCCCUGUUAGCGAAUGAAGAUAUUAUCCUCUUCAGUUUUAAAAGACACACACGUCAAACUCUAAAAUUAAAAGUUUACGACUCAGAAUUCUCCAAUGAGUUUGGUUUGGAUUGUCCAGGGACAACUGGUUUGGUUGUUUGUAAAGAUGUGGUGCGUAAGAAACGCUACGCCAUUUUGUUGAAGAUAACACUAUCAGAAAUGUGUCCCAUGACGAAGAUUGUUACAUUAUUACCGUGUUUCAUGGUUAGUAAUCAAACAAGUAAAAAGUUACGGUUUAUGGAACACAAUGAAAAGACAGAUCUGUGGAUUGACCUUCUCCAAGGUCAAGAGAUCCCAUUCUGGCCAGAGACUACUUCGUAUCAGAUGUAUGUUAAACUACAAGAGCAAAAAGUGGGCAGUUCACAGGGAUUCUUCUUCGCACAAAGGCAUAAAACACUUCUGAAGUUGAAUUUACCAGGGGUGAUAUCCGCCAUGACAGUUACAGUCACCGGAGGGAUUGAUGGACCCUUCAAGGUGACCUUUACUGAUUACAAAGCAGGGGAUGCUCCGCUUUUGAUUAAGAACAUGUGUCAGGAGUUGUUUUUGAAGAUACAACAACAGAAUCUAACACAGGUUACACUUCUAAGUCCCCAGAAUGAGAUUUUGUAUACCUGGGAUGACCCUUUGAAGAACAGACUACUGGUUUGGAAUAUUUACAAUAACAAAGCAUCUAAUGGUUUUAUCUUAGACGUAGAAAGGUCCCUACUAAUGGAGAGGUAUCAAUAUGGUCAAGAAAGGAUCAAUUUUGGUAAUGCUCCUAAUACAGUAUCAUCUAGUGAUGAUUCAGACUCAGAUUCUAUAUCUGAAAGUAAAACAUCUUCUAAGAAAUCCAAAGAGAAACCUAAGGAUAGAUUGAUCAUCUUCUGGGUGAUAUAUUCUGAAGUUGAGACCAAUCAGAGAAUAUUAUUAUUCACACAGGAUUCUGUGUUGUUUGGUGAGACUCUUCAGAAGGUCUUCUCAGAAAUAGUAAAUUAUGAGGUUUUGGUGAGUUUAAGUGGGGUUGGGAUGUCCCUGUUUACCAAUAAAGAAAAACACAGGCAUAAGGAGCAUCUGUACAUGGGUUUGAAUGAUUGCCCUGCAACCUGGGAGGUCAAUGUUGGUCACAAGUGGAAAACUUUGACUUUGGAGCUAGCAUCUUGGAUUGAAGAUAAAUACAGGUCCAAUCAAAAGAGGUGUCAGUUGAAGGAUUAUGUUCACAUUGAUUUUGAGAAGAUGUUCAUGUUGAAACCCUUUUUUGCUGAGCUGAGGAGGAGUUACAGCCCUGCUGUUUAUUGCCAAGUUAGGAAAUCUCCGAAUAAUCUAUAUCUUAACCUUAAAAUUCAAAAUAUACAGAUUGAUAAUAAAACCCUGAAGAAUCAGGAAGCUAUUAUUCUGAAUCAACUUGGAGGGAGUUCAGAUCUGAAUAUAAAAGAUUCUCCAUUUCUGGAAGUGUCCCUGUUAAGGUCUGGGAUGAUUGUAAAAUCCAUUGAUUUGAAGGUUAAAGAUUGCCAGGUGCAUCUUCAGAGUCAACUUUUAGAAGACCUGAAUUCUUUCUUCAAAAGUAAAUCAUCUUCCUAUCAAUUCCGGAAGGAUAUGGCAAGGAUUCUCGGAAACAAAACCAAAAAAUUAACCAAAAUCAGAAACAACUUGUUGAUUGAACAGAUAAAGUGUUCAUCAACCAGUAUCCUUCUAAAUGUACAAUCAUCUCAUCUGGGAUCUGCUGGUUCUAAGCUUGCGUCACCUUCUUCUAUGACCAAAUGUCAAGGUUAUUUCUUCCCAGCGAAUAUGACCCCGUAUAUGCCAUCAGAAGGAGUUAAACAUCGUGUGAUCAACCUAGAACUGACCCAGAUCCAAGUUAAAACUAUGACCCAUAUGGUUAAAUUCAUCUGGAACCAUUUUAAGACCCAAUUUCUGCAACAAUAUUACUCCCAAGUUUUGGGUCUUCAGGUCUUGGUGAACCCUUAUGCUAUUCAACAGACUAUCAACCCACAAGUGACAGGACACAUCCAAGAUGUCUCCCAGAAUUCAGGGAAUCUGUUAUAUUCUCUAAGAUGUCUCCUGGGACAUGUCAACAUGUCUUCAGCUGCUGUGGAGCAAUGUGUUUUGGAAAUGUUGAGUGGUCAACACAAUUUCAUAAGAAGACCCAAUGUUUACCAGGGUAUGACCAUCGGGUUACCAAAAAUCAUCAAUUGGAGUUUGAGGCAUUUUAACCCAGGAGUGAUUCUGGCCUUGAACCAAAUAAUUGCAUCCAAAGGUGGGCAGAAUGGUAAUGGUAACGGACAAUCUGAUGGGGAGCUGUUCUUCAGGGGAACUGGUAAAGCUCUGGUGUCUUUGUUAACCAGACAUCCGGAUGAUAAGAGUAACAGUGUACAUGUAGCCAUGGAGGCCCUAAAAAGGGCUUCUUUGUUAGGGGAACCCAUUAGGUGUCACCAGAGGUUGACUAGGUAUGGAAACCGGUAUUUGGGGUUAGGACCUUUUAGUAUCUAUGAAUCCAUGGGUUGUCAUCUGUUGGAAACUGUUGCUGGAGGCAGGUUUAAGGAGGAUUCAUACUGGACCCAUUCGGGGAUUGAUAAAACAGGAAGAUCUAUCGUCAUAGUGACUUUAGAACAUGUGUUGAGGGUAAACAAAUGUCGACUUUGGGGACCAUGGGAACUCGAAUGGUCUUUGGAUCUUGACGAAAUCAUCUCUGUACCAAAGGUGACCAACUCUAAACUUGUUUUUAACAUCCGCCAUGAGAGUGACAGACAUAAAGAUGAUGACCUUGCAGCGAAUAACGACGGAAAGUUGAUUAUCGAUGGUGAAGAAGAGACUUUGAUAUUCCUCCAAGUGAAAAUUGAACAGGCAAUUGUUGUAAGCAUGGAGGAUAAAGCAUGGACGAUGAAUUAAUGUGUUUAGGCCACGCCCAAUCAAAUUGAUGUCAAAAAUGUCAAAUUGUUGUUAACCCCAGAAGAAAAUCAAAAACAAAAUGAUACCACAUCCAGGAAUUGAUGUUAACACACACACUGACUCAAUAAAAACCAAGAAAAUUAAAAAUUAAAGGAAAACGAGAUAAAUGUUAGAAACAAAGACUUAAACUAAUUAAGCAAAACCUAAGUAAAUAUAAAUAUGAAUAAAUAAUAUGAAAAUAUGAAAAUAUUGAAUCUAUGUACAUAAUAUAACAAAUAAAAAUAUAUCAAUAUAGUA